UGGCCGCCGGGCACAGGGGGGGCCGCCUGCCCAUCCGAGUCUAGGAGGAAGUACCCGGAUCCAGCCAGAGCCUCGAGCCCGUGACAGCCCUGUGUCAGCACCUGCCUGCUGAGCCGGCCCAGAUGAUGUAGGAAUGCGGCUCUGCCACCACCCGAUACUGCAGGAAUGCCCGGCGGGUGGGGAAGGGGUGGGAGGGGGGCCCUCUUGCCUCUGCUGUCCCCCAGCCUCAGCAAGCGCCUGUGCUCCCUGUCUAGGCAGGGAUCGCCUGCUGCUCGAGCUUGGGUCCCCUCUGCAACCCUGGGGUAGGUAGGCUGUGAGUGCCCCAGGCCCUUGGGGUGCAAAGAGUUGCUUUUUAUCCCCUCUGCUAUUGCCGCGGGCUGGGAAAUGGGUGAUUUGGGUGAUGCAGGAGCAUAUCCAGUGGGGCUGAGCUGCUCAGAGAGAGGGCGAUGCUCCUGCAGCAUGGGGUCCAUGCUGGGAGUUUUGCUCUGGGCGCAGCUCCCUCCUGGUGGGGCUCCACACUGGUCAGUCCUUUUGAUAAAGCCUGAGCCCCUACCCUAGUCUUGUCUUUGUAUCUCCCCAGGCUGAUGGUCCCCACUGCUGUUCCAGCCAUCUGCCUGCUGUGACCACAGGAGGUGGUGAUGGAGGGGUUUGGGGGAGCCCCCAGGUUCCUGGCCUAUCCACGUGCCUUCACUGUCCAAAGUGGCACCGAUGUGGUCCUGAGCUGCCAGAUCAGGGGUGAUCCCCAGCCAAGCAUCCUCUGGGAAAAGGACAAGAACCCUAUUGAUCCCUCAGGCCGUUUCCAUAUAGAGACCAAGGGGGAUCUGUACAGCCUGCUGGUGUCUGGUGCCAGUCCCCAGGACAGUGGGCUCUACAUCUGCAAGGCGAAGAACAGCGUUGGUGAGACUUAUGCUGCCACUGCACUCAGGGUGGAGGCGGCGGAGCCACAAGAGGAGGAGGGAUGCUUGGGUAGUGAGGCACCUGCCUUCCUCAUUGCCCCCUCAUCCAUGAGGGUGUGCCGGGGGGAGGAUGUGAUGUUCACCUGCAGAGUGUCUGGGCAGCCCUGCCCAGUGCUAGAGUGGGAGAAGGAUGGGCACAAGCUCUCCGACCUCUUUGAGAGCAGUCACUUCGCAGUGGGGCAGAAGCCCGAGGACUGGCACUUCCUGAAGUUGUUUGGUGCCCGGCCCCCGGACGGGGGUGUGUAUGUCUGCCGGGCACGCAGUGGCUCCCGGGAGGCCCUGGCUGCUGCCGUGCUUCUGGUCGAACCCCAGGCACUGAUGGAUGGGCUUCCCAAUGGCUCUCCUGCUGAUGGUCCCGAGCCACUGGUGGAGCGGCAGCGGCGGCGGCGGCACACAGCGGGACGGCACAUGGGACCAGAGAUCUGGGUGCCCAAUGGCAUAGUGCCGGCCAGGGUGCCGGCGGCUAAGGCAUUUGCUGUGAGUGUAGGGAAGCACGCCAAGUUUCGCUGCUACGUUACUGGCAAGCCCAAGCCAGAGAUCAUCUGGCAGAAGGAUGGUGAGCCCCUCGCCCCUGGCCGCAGACAUCUCAUCUAUGAGGACCGGGAGGGCUACUUCAUCCUCAAGGUGCUGUACUGCAAGCCCCAGGACCAGGGGCUGUACAUGUGCACUGCUUCCAACACUGCUGGCCAGACCCUCAGUGCAGUGCAGCUCCAGGUGAAAGAGCACCGGCUGCGGUUCCAGGUGCAACUGGCAGAUGUGGAGGUGGCAGAACGAGAGGAUGCUGUGUUGGAGUGCCAGGUGCCACUGGAGACCAUCCCCACUGCCUGGUACCUGGAGGACAGGGAGCUGCAGCCCAGUCACAAGUACGUCAUGGAAGAGCAAGGAGUGGUGCGGCGCCUGACCAUCCGCGAUGCCCGCACUGACGACGAUGGCAUCUACCUCUGCCAGAUGAAGGACAAAGGGCGUAGCAUCGCCGAGGUCUCUGUCCGAGGGGUGAUUGUGAAACGGCUGCCGCGGAAGCUGGAUGUGAUGGAGGGGGAGAAUGCAGUUUUUUGUGUGGAGACACAGGAUGAGGCAGAGGGGACCUGCUGGAGCCGGGAUGGGCUACGGCUGCAGGAGUCACCCCGCACUGUGCUGAAGAGCUUCGGCAGGACACACAUCCUGGUGCUGGUGCAUGUCACCCGCCAGGACGCGGGCAUCAUCUCCUUCACUGUCAGGGAGUCACAGACGUCCUCUCAGCUCCGGGUGAAGUGUGUGAAGCACAAUCCUCCGAGCGCACCGGUGGCAGCUGAGAUGAGCGUGGUGGAGAGCAACACGGCUCUGCUGACCUGGUGUCCUGCACCCGAUGCCCACCUCCACCCUGCCAGCCGCUACCUGCUGGAGCGGCGGGAGGCAGUGGGGGGUGAGUGGGUGCAGUGCCUGGCCACUGACCUGCCCGGCUGUGUGCGGGUGCUGGGUGACAGCGUGCCCCGCGAGGCCGACUACUGCUUUCGUAUCUGCGCCACUAACAAGCACGGCAGGAGCAACCCUGUGGAAUUCCCCGGCUCCGUGCAUCUCGUCCCGGCAGCUCGCCUGGAGAGGGGUCUGCAGGAUGUGCGGGUGCGGGACGGCGAGGAUGCGCAGUUCUCCCUGGAGCUGUCAGCUGCAGUGCACGGCUCCUGGUUCCUCAACGGUGCCAGGCUGGGCGAGGAGGAGGAGGAUGCAGGAGGUCGGUGCAGGAUGCAGCACCGCGGGACGGAGCACUCGCUGCUUAUCCGGGGAGCACGGCUGGCUGACAGUGGGGCCCAGAUCACCUUUGUGUCUGGUGGAGUGCGGGACUCAGCCAUGCUGCAUGUGCAAGCCCCGCAGGUCCGUAUUGCUCCAGUGCCCGAGGCCGAGCGGCUCCGGGAGGUGCCGACAGGGCUGCCUGUGCUGCUGGAAUGUCAGGUGUCUGCCCCGGAUGCUCCUGUCCGCUGGCUGAAGGACGGUGAGGCCGUGCCUCCAGAUGACGUUAUCGUAGUGCAGGCAGAGGGCUGCGUGCGGAGGCUGCUCCUCCGCUCGGCGAGUCCCUCGGACACUGGUGUGUACACCUGUGACGCUGGGGAUGAUGCCGUGAGCUUUGUGGUGACCGUGUCUGAUGUGCCAGUGAGGAUCAUCAGCUCCAAUGAGGAGGCCACCCACACCUAUGUGGCUGGGCAGCGUGUGGAGCUGUGGUGCCAGCUGUCCCGCCUGGCAGCCCCAGUGCACUGGUACAAGGAUGGAGAGGAGGUGGAGAUGGAUGAGAGCCUGGUGCUGGAGCAGGAGGGGCCACAGUGCCGACUGGUGCUGCCCUGUGCCCGGCCACAGGACACAGGAGAGUUCGUCUGUGAUGCCGGUGGGGACUCUGCCUUCUACACCAUCACUGUGGAAGAGGCGCCGGUGAGGAUUGUCCGUUCCAAUGAGGGGGCAUCCCAUGCCUACGUGGCCGGGCAGCGUGUGGAGCUGUGGUGCCAGCUGUCCCGUCAGGUGGCCCCAGUGCACUGGUACAAGGAUGGGGAGGAGGUGGAGGCAGGCGAGAGCCUGGUGCUGGAGCAGGAGGGGCUGCAGUGCCGGCUGGUGCUGCCCUGUGCCCAGCCACAGGACACAGGGGAGUUUGUCUGUGAUGCUGGCGGGGACUCUGUCUUCUACACUGUCACUGUGGCAGCACCAAGGCUGAGCCUCACCAUGUGUCCCCCAACAGAGGUACCAGUGAGGAUUGUCAGUUCCAACAAGGAGGCCCCCCACUCCUAUGUGGCCGGGCAGCGUGUGGAGCUGUGGUGCCAGCUGUCCCGGCCGGUGGCCCGAGUGCGCUGGUACAAGGGCGAGGAGGAAGUGGAGAUGGAUGAGAGCCUGGUGCUGGAGCAGGAGGGCCCGCAAUACCGGCUGGUGCUGCCCUGUGCCCGCCCACAGGACACAGGGGAGUUUAGCUGCGACGCUGGAGAUGCAUCUGUCUCCUACUCCAUCUUGGUGGCAGAGCCACCAGUGAGGAUCCUACACCCUCCACAGCGCUCACUGGAGCUGCUGGUUCAGGCACCGGGGCGUGUGGAGCUGCGAUGCGAGCUCUCUGUGCCAGAUGCUCCUGUACGCUGGUUCAAGGAUGGGCUGGAAGUGGAUGAGACUGACAACCUUCUGCUGGGGGUGGAGGGGGCCUGGCGCUGUCUCUUCAUCCCCAAGAGCAGCAUGGAGGACACAGGCGAGUACAUCUGCGAGAGCAAAGAUGAGGCCGUCUCCUUUGACGUCAAGGUGUCAGAGCCUCCAGUGAGGAUACUGCAGCCCUGCAGACCUGUCCCUGUCAUGACGGUGUCCCUGGGGGAGACAGUGACACUGUGCUGUGAGCUGUCCCGUGUGGAUGCACCUGUGUGCUGGGCCAAGGAGGACAUCAGGCUGGAGGCUGGGGGGAGCCUGGUCCUGGAAGAGGACGGUGCCUAUCGCCGGCUGCUCAUCCCUGCUGCUCAAGCCGAGCAUGCUGGAAAAUACACCUGUGACACUGCCAAUGACACAGUGACCUUCACUGUCCAAGUGUUGGAUCCGCUGGUCAUGAUCCUGGAGAGGGAUGUCCUGCUGACCCACCGGCAUUGCCGGGCCAUGGAGGACCUGGUGCUGGAGGUGCACCUCUCACACGCCCACGGGGAGGUGAAGUGGUACAAGGAUGGGGAGAAGCUGCAGGACACGGGGCGUGUGCGGCUUGAGGAGGACGGGGCACACCGAUCCCUUGUGAUCCUGGGCACCAUGGGCAGGGAUGCGGGAGAGUACCUCUGUGACACCGGCGAUGACAGCAUCGUCUUCUUCGUCACUGUAGAAGUCCCAGAGCCACCAGUGACCAUCGUGGGCAGCACAGGCACUGUGGUACAUCGCUGCCUGGUGGCCGGGGAGGAUCUGGUGAUGGCUUGUGAGCUGUCCCGGCCCGACGCCAUCGUGCGCUGGCUCCGGAAUGGCCAUGAGGUGCAUCCAGGUGAACGGGUGCAGGUUGAAGCCCGUGGGGUGCUGCGACAGCUCACCAUCCGUGGGGCGCAGCCCAGCGACUCAGGGUGCUACAUCUGUGAUGCUGCCAGCGACCGCAUGGUGACAAAUGUGGAGGUGUCGGCUCGGCCUGUGUGCAUUGUCAACAAGGAGGAAGCGCAGAGCCCGCUGGAGGUACAGGAGGGGGACAGUGUGACACUGGUGGCUCGGCUGUCCCCGGAGACAGCGGCAGUGCAGUGGCAGAAGGAUGGACAGAGGCUGUGCUCAGGUGGGCGGCUGCUGGUGUGCAGUGAGGGUCCCACACGCAGCCUCACCAUCAAGCAAGCGGAGCUGGGUGAUGGUGGCAUCUUUCUCUGCGAUGCUGGUGAUGAUGAGGUGCAUUUCACACUGCAUGUGAAAGAGGCACCCAUGUUGUUCGUGAACAAACGGGAGGAGCAGGAGAAGCUGCUGGUGCUGGAGGGUGGCAGUGCUGUGCUUUCUGCCAUCACCUCCACAGAGCGAUCUGAUGUCACCUGGCUGGGCCCGCAGCAAGCAGUGGUGAGUGGUGAGCGCUGCGAGCUGCGUCGGGAGGGCCGCGUGCACAGCCUCAUCCUCCACAGUGUGGCCAUGGAGGACGCCGGCAUCUACACCUGCCUCUCACCCCACGACCAGAUGCAGUUCGAUGUGAGCGUCAGAGAGCUGCAGGUGAAAUUCCUGCGUGGGCUGUCAGAUGUGCGAGCACGGCAGGGUGAGCGGGUGGUGCUGUGGUGCGAGCUUUGCAAGCCGCGGGGCGAUGUGGUGUGGCGGAAGGAUGGGCGGGUGCUGGCACCUGGCCCCCACCGGCAGAUGAUGGCAGAGGGACGGGAACGCUCGCUGGUGCUGAGCCAUGUGGAGCCUGGGGACGCUGGCGAGUACUGCUGCGAGUCCAACGACGACCAGACGCUGGCAACGUUGACAGUGCAGGUCCCCAGAGUGGUGGAGAUCAUCAUGGAGCUGCAGAGCCUGACAGUGCUGGAGGGGGAGGAUGUCACCUUCAAGUGCCUGGUGUCCCCUGAGGAUGUGGCUGUGACAUGGCAGCUGAAUGGCCAGCCUGUGGUCCCCAGCAAGCGGCUGCUGGUGACAAGGAGCGGGCUGUGCCACAGCCUCACCCUCCGGCAGUGCCAGCCAGGGGAUGCAGGCACUGUGACAGCCAACGCCGAGGGGCUGGUGAGCACGGCCCGGCUGAGUGUGCAAGAGGCACAGGUGCUGUUUGUGCGGAAGCUGCAGGAUAUGGUGGCAGAGGAGCAGGGGGACGUGUGCCUGGAGGUGGAGGUGAGCCACGAGGCCGCUGAGGUGCAGUGGCUGAAGCAGGGUGUCCUCCUCCAGCCAAGCAGCAAGUACGUGCUGCAGGAGUCGGGGUGCCUGCGCACCCUCACCAUCCGCUGCCUUGGCCCUGCUGACCGUGGCACCUACCGCUGUGAGAGCCUGCAUGACCGCACACAGGCCAAGCUCUGUGUGGAGCCCCAGAAGGUGUCGAUCCGGACACCACUGGCAGAUGUGGAGACUUUCGAGAAGGAGACAGCCACCUUCCACCUGGAGUUGUCUCACCCUCACGUGCCUGGGGUCUGGACACGGGAUGGCAUCCGGGUGAAGCCCAGUGGCACAUGCCGGAUCAGCGCCACGGGCUGUGGGCACAGCCUGACACUGGAGAGGCUGGCACUGGAAGACUCAGGCACCAUCACCUUCACUGCUGACACCCUGCGCUGCAGUGCCCGCCUGAGUGUGCGGGAGCCUCCAGUCACUAUGGUGAGGGUCCUGCGAGACCUGGGGGUCCCAGAGACAGGGGUCGCCAGCUUUGAAUGUGAGUUGUCUCGCUCCAAUGCAGAGGUGAAAUGGUUCAAGGAUGGACAGGAGCUGCGGCCAGGGCCCCACUGCCGCAUCUACUCAGCGGGCCGGCGCCGCAUCCUGCAGCUGAGCCACUGUGACUUGGCCGACGCAGGCAGCUACACCUGCGAUGCAGGCGACUGCCAGGCCUCUGCCAUGCUGCAUGUCCAGGAGCGCCAGGUCCACAUUGUGCAGGAGCUGCAGGAGGUCCAGGUGCGGGAAGGUGACAAUGCUGUCUUCACCUGUGAGGUGUCACAUGAGGAUGUGAAGGGCGAGUGGUUCCGGGACAGUGAGAAAAUAAAGGUCUCCAGCACAGUGAAGACACGGCAAGAAGGGACCCGCCAUUUCCUGUUGUUCUGCGGUGUGCGCCCUGAGGACCAGGGACUCAUCCGCUUUGCAGCUGGGGCAGCCAUCUCUGAGGCCAGUCUGCAUGUGGAAGCGCUGCCCAUCCGGAUUGUGAAGCCGCUGCGGGACAAGACGGUGCUGGCGAGGCACAAGGCGACAUUGGAGUGCACCGUGUCCCACGCCCGGGGCCGGGUGCGCUGGCUCCGUGGGGACACCGAGAUCUUUGCUGGUGACAAGUACGAGAUCUGCAAUCUGGACUGCUACCGCACACUCAUCAUCCACCGCGUGGAGCCGGAGGAUGAGGACUCAUACACCUGUGAUGCCUUUGAUGACCGCUCCACUGCCCGGCUCCUGGUAGAGGGGAGCUAGAAGCCAGGAUGCAGCACUCAGGGCCUGCACACAGACAGAUUGAUGCUGCUGCUGGGAGAUGGGGUCACGCUUCCCCACCAC